AUGUCGUUGAGCCGUUUGUCUUCUCCACAACUCUACUCUCGCGCCUUCAUUGUUGCGCGAGGAGCCGCUACUGGACAUGCGACUGCUACAUCGGACAACAGUAUCAGUUUCUUUGAAAAAAUUUCCUACCGGUUCAAGGGAAUCCCUCUCCCUACGGAAACUGAAGCUCCAAAGUCAAUGUUUGAUGCUUGUAACAAAGAAUGGUCGGCUCCUGAAUUGCUCCCAGCGGUUCCGAAAGAAUUCAAAGAGCACCCAGAUCGUGAUUUGGCCAACUAUCCAUACCCAUCUCGACCAAUGUACCCACCGAAAUUUCGUCUUUUGAUGAUGCCUGACUCGUGGUUCACUCCAUUCCAGAAAGUUACUGGAACUUCUGGACCGUACCUCUUCUUCGGAGGACUGUUCGCAUUCCUUGUCAACAAGGAAUUAUGGGUUUUCGAGGAGCAAGGUCACAUGACUGUUGGUUGGAUUAUCUUCUAUCUGCUUGUCUCCAGAACUGCAGGAUAUAAAAUCGACGCCGGACUAUACAAAGACUAUCAAGAGCGUGUUGGAUUUUUCAAAGGAUUGAUUCAAGAAGAUCUUAAAGAGGCAGUUGAUUUCCGCAAAACUUCUGCCAAGCAGACCGAUUCUCUCACUGCUCUCAAGGAUAAUAUGCCUACUUCUCUCAAAGAAUCUAUGCAGUUGCAGUUGGAGGCAGCUUAUAGAAAGAAUAUCCAAACUAUUUCGAGCGAGAUCAAGCGUCGCAUUGAUUAUCUGAAGGAAACUGAGGAAACAAAGGCCAGAUUUGAGCGUGAUCAACUUUUGAGACUCAUCAAUGAGAGUGUGGAGAAGCAAGUUUCGCAAAAGGAUUUCCAGGAGAAAUUCCUCCAAAACGCCAUUCAGCAACUCAAGGGUAUUGCCGUCUAA